AAACUUUGCCGCUUUCCAGUGCAUGAACUUGGCUGAGUCACAAGUCCCAAGAGAUGCCACAUUUAGGUGAUCGUCUGCUUUGCCGCGAUAUUCUAAGUAUCAAAAAGGGGAAGUAGUUGAUGCUCUUCUUUCCAAUUGCACUUUGCUUCUUCUUUCUUGUAAGCAGCAGCGACUCCGACUUGUCUCUUUGAUUCCUCUGGAACUUUGUCUAAUUGCCAAUGGAUCUUCUACGACAGUACUUUUGGUUGUGGCUGAUGCUCGCGAUCAUUUUUGUGUGUUUGCUCAUCGGCAUCAUUUUCGCCUUAAUCAACAAGUGCAUCUCCAAGAACGAGAAAGACGGAUCCUCGCAGCGCUACAAAGGCUCCAAGGACAAGUACAGGGAUGACAAAUACCGUGAGCGGAACCAGACUAUUCCGCCCUUGCCCCCUCGCACCCAGUUCGGGUCGGAAGAGGGCCAGAGCUAUGAGAACAUUGCAGAGGUUCCCAACCAAAGACAAAAAACAAUAUCCCAUGACCUACGUGACCAUGAGGAGAACAAGGGCAACCUUCCUGAACAUAUGCAGAUCCAGGACCAGAACCAUGGCAAUCUCCAUGACCAAGUUCAGAACCCGGGAAGACUCCAUAACCAAGAUUGGCACCUCAACAAUGACCACGACCGAGAUUGGAACCCGAAAGACCUCCAAAACCGAGGUCAGAACUUGACCAACUUACAUAAACUCCAUCAGAAGACUGCACCCCCCGACACUCAUGAUUUCACCCUGACCCAUGUCCACAUCCAAGAUCACUACCUGAGCAAUCUCUUGAGCCAAAAUCAGAAUCUAGGCACCCGCCAAAACCAAGAUCAGAACUCCACCCACACCCAAGAUCGCACCCUGAGCAAUCUCCAUCACCAAGAUCAGAACCUGACCCGCCUUCACAACUACGAGCAGAUCCCCGAUGAGCAGCCAGACUAUGUGGAGGUAGAGGAUCAAGACGAAGAAGCGUUCCCUCUGGUUCCAUCGUGCGAGGAGGUGCUGGAGCUGGCGGAAGACACGGCAGAGGACUAUGACGACGUCGAAGACGAAAACCAAGAUGAGAAGGACUACGAUGAUAUUGGUUGAGUCUCCAUUUGGUCAGGGGCCAACGCAAUGAAGAAGAAACUGCCAGACGGUGGCACUGCAAAUUCUAAGCAUUUUUUUUCAUUUGACAGCCACCUGAUAUGUGUUCCAUUGAGGUAUUGACCCAAGAUAAGGUGUUUAUUUCUUCAA